AUGAGUAAAACGGAAUGCAAUGCAGCGGCAUCCGGAAUUGUCAAGUCGGCUUCAGUGAACGACGAACGUGGUCCGUACGAGUCGCCAAUUGCGCGAGCCAGCAGUUCGGUGGAUUCGGAUCGCUCGGAGGACGGUGAUGAGGAUCUGCCAGCUCAGAAACGAGCACGAAGCAAUCAGAGCAGUGAGGACUUGACGCUGAAUCACAGUAACCAGAAUCAUCGUCAGCUGCACUAUCAUCACCACCAGCAUCAGCAGCAGCAACAGCUACAGCAGCAAAAUCAUCGUUUUUUAUCGUCCAAAGAAGGCACCAAUUUCCACCUAUUUCACUCACCCGGCAGCGGAGGUUGCGGUGGACUGGGUGCCGGUAACGGGAUCACCACGGGCAGUGGCCCUCCGCCACCACCAUUUUCGCCGUUCUUUCAAAACUACGGGUUUCACCCCUCCAACGAAUUCCUCUUCCCCCCAGCGGCGGUGGCGUUUCCCCGGGAUUUUUUCAUGCAUCACGCUGCCGCCGCCGCUGCUGCUGUACAUUUUUCACCGUAUUUGCUGCGGCCACCACUCCCGGUCCCAGCCACCAGUCGAGCGGCCAUCCCUUCGGUGGUCUCACCUGCGGUCAGCAGUCCUCCACAAUCACUGCCCUCGGUGGCAGCUACCGCUCCAUCGGUUGUCGAUUCAACGCCGCAACCUGUCAGAGGUACCGCUUCAACAAUGGUCGCAGUGGCUUCCAGGAAAGGAGGAUUCGAUGUUUCUGAUCUCCUCGCUAAACCGUGA